AUACUUGUAUUGUUUAAUAUUAUAAUAUUCAAGAUUCAAGCAAAGCAAGUAACAACUAGCAUGAGUAGCAAAACUUUUUCGAUUCGAUACAUUUAAUAUUAAUAUAUAUCAUUAUAUUAUACUUUAAUUUAGUUCUUAAUAUUUUGUAUAGUAAACGUUCUUAAAUUUGAAUUCCAAUUUGUGUAUAAUACGCUAUUCUGAGAUGCCGGCUCUUCGGAGUACUAUUUGUGAAACCCUCCUAGGAGAACCUGAUCAAGAUGCCAACUCUGCUUUAAUUGAACUCGACAAAGGCUUACGGUCCAGUCGUGUCGGUGAACAAUGUGAGGCAAUUGUACGGUUUCCUCGAUUAAUUGAAAAAUAUCCUUUUCCAAUUCUUAUUAAUUCAUCGUUUUUAAAGCUAGCCGAUGUGUUUCGUCUUGGAAAUAAUUUUCUUCGACUUUGGGUGUUACGAGUUUGUCAACAGACUGAAAAGCACAUUGACAAAAUUUUAAAUAUUGACGAGUUUGUUCGUAGAAUUUAUAGCGUAAUUCACUCCAAUGAUCCAGUAGCUAGAGGAUUGACUUUACGUACAUUGGGCAGUGUUGCUCGAAUCAUACCAGAAAGAGGACAAGUACACCAUAGUAUACGUACGAGUUUAGAUUCUCAUAAUUCUGUUGAAGUGGAAUCUGCGAUUUAUGCGGCAGCACAAUUUGCAGCCCAAUCAAAAUCAUUUGCUGUAAGUAUGUGCAGUAAAAUUUCAAAUAUGAUUAGAGGUAUUUCAACUGAUGUUGUAAUGAAACUUGAACUGAUUCCUAUUUUAAAACAUAUGCAUCAUGACACAACUACUGCAACAAUGGUCAGAACACUUUGUACUGAUUUGCUAGAAAAAUAUCCAGCUCAAGACUUUGUACUUGUUACAUUAAAAACUCUCAAUCAAUUAGCUUUGUCUAUUUUAGUUGAUGUACCAAAACAAAUAGAAUUACUUUUGAAAUUUUUGGGUGAAGACAAGCGGCCUUUAGUUUGCAAGUGUGCUAUAUCCGGACUUUAUCAGAUUGCUAAAGAAGGUGCACAUUUUUGGUCAGAGCAAACCAUUAACAACUUGGUCAGUUUUUGUGAGGGCUUAAAUGUUGACAAUAGCUUGAAAGCAGAUGCUAUUAGUGUAUUUAUUCCAUUAACAAAAUCUCCAGCUAUAUGCCAAUUUCAUUACAGUACAGACAGUCUACUUAUGAAAAUGUGUAUAGCUGAAUCGAGUUCAUUACAUCAGUCAGUCGCUGGAAAUGCAGUUAAAGUAUUGACAAAUAUAGCGUGUUAUUGUUUUGAAGAGGAUAUUAUGUCAGAAAAUGAUGCCAUUACAUUAAAGGUUUGCAUACAAAGUUAUCUUUUGUCUGUCCUAUCAGUUGGACAUCAACAGUUAGAUGAUACUAAAGAUUUAAGCAAUGAAGAAGAAUCUCUUAUUCAAAGUUUUUUAAAAACUGAAAACAUUGAUGAGCCAAUGGAUGUUGAUGAUGUUAGUCCUGAAAACUUUGAUAAAGCAUCAAACUAUCUUCGUGAUGGUUUAAGAUCAUCUGUUAUGCUAUGCAAAGCAAAUAAAAGUCUGAUUCCAGAUUUUGUUUCACUUGUUGUUAAACCAUUGCAACAAGAUGACUUUGAAUUAAAUCCAUUGAUAUGUGAAGCUAUUGCUGCGUUUGGUGGUAUAUUACCUGGUACUUUACAACCAUUUCUACCAGUAUUUAUAAAACAAUUGACAGAUUUAAAUAAAAAUAAAAAUCCUGAGUCCAUAGCUACAAAGGUUUUGUUAUGUACUGUGAUUUUUCAAGCCAUUGCUGGCUAUGAUGAGCAUGAUGAAGUAAAACGAGUAAUCAAUGAUGUAAUAAAAAAUACUGACUUAUGGACCAAUUAUAAAAUUGGUCGAGCAGCUGUUAGAUAUGGUCAUUUUAACAUAAGUUCUAGAAUUUUUGGUAGCCUAAAUAAUCUUGUUGGUUCAGAACAAAUGCAUUUUUGGUUAGCUGCUUUAGAAACAAUCAGUACAGCAGAAUCUCAGCUGAAAUCUUCAAACCCUUCAAAAUUAUUGAGUAACUUGGGGCAAUCAAUAUCCACUUACUACAGAGCAAUUGCUGCAUUAAAAGCUGCAUCAUUAAUGCUUAUUUUCCAAACUGAAUACACACGUUUGCGUUGUGAAUUAUUACAAUGUUUCAUGCGUUUAUUGUCUACAUGCAACAGUUUUUGCACUACGCCUCCACCAGCUAUUGCUUCAGCAAUUGUACAAGCUACUAGAGAUGAAAUGCAAAGUUAUGGGCAUAUUACAAAUCAAUUGAGAAAAAGAGCAAAAGAAUUUAAGGGAUGUGCAGAUUUAUAUUGGAGAUUAUACCAAUCGGCAUUUGACGCUGACCCUAAUACAUUAUAUCAUUUACAGCUUUUACAGCAUUUGUGUUUGUUGAUGGCUCAUAACAUUGAAUCAGUAGCAGUUCCAAAUAAGUGUGAAAGUCCAGUCUUAGAUUCUGAAUUAGAAAAAGAAGGCUCUUUAGAGAUACAGUUGAUUGUCAAAUGUAGACAAGAGCUCUUAGAAAUAAUGAGCACAGUAAAAGAAAAAGCAAUAACACAUAAACACAUACGAUCUCUCAAAAAACAAGCUUCUCUUUUGGUAACUACACCUAUGUGUUUUCCUCGUUAUUUUUUUCAAACUUUACAAUCUACUACAAUAACAUUGGCUGUAUCACCUCAACCUAGAGUUAAUGGGGAACCAAUUACAGUAAAUAUGGGAAGUAAUUUUGUAGUUAAAGUUGAAGGAGUUGUACAGCAUGGUACAAAAGCUAAAUUUCGUAAAGUUGACGGAAUUCAAUUAACAAUAACGUCACAAUUAGUGACGAGAAAUCACGACACUAGAACAACUGAAGGAAAUUUGAUAUUAACGCAAACAGUAAAACCACAUAAGGACUUUUUUGCUUCAGAAUUUUGUCUGAGUUUCAAUCAAGGAAGUCAACAUCAAGUACAUAUUGAAGCAGCUCUAAUUGAUGAUACUGCAUCUGUUUGGCAAAUUGGAGUGCGUAACACAUUAACUAUAAAAUGUCAUUAAUGAAAAACAAUUUUUUAUUUUAUUAUUAUUAUUUUUAUUUUUUUUUUUAACUAAUUGUACACCUUCACCCCUAGUUAAAUAAAUUUAAUAUUUCUAACAAGUUAAAAUCUAUUUUCUCGUUCUGAAUUGCUAUCUUGAAGCAAAAAUGCUGGCCAAUAUUUAACUUCUCCGGUAUUUUCGUCUAUAUAUUUUAAAUUUGGAUUAGGGUGACUUUUAGACUUGUUACCAAGAGAUGUAUAUCUAUGAAAUAAUAUGUAUUUUUAGUAAUAUAAUUUGUAUAAAAAAAUUAUUUUUUUAAGUUGCUUACCCUUUAUCAUAUAAACUACAAUACGGUAUAGAAAACUGUCUCAAAAAUGACCAAAUGUUAUCAUAAUUCCAAUGCAAUAAAGGUUGUACUCGCACUAAUACAGGCCAACCUGGAUCAGUUUUCUAAAACAAUAAUAAAUGUAUGAUUCGUAGGAUUGUUAAAGUAUUAGUAUUAGUUUUAGUAUUAGAGUAGCAAUUGAUUAUAAUUAGAUCAAUUAGAUGCUUAAGUGUCAAUAUUAUUAUUUACAAACCUUAAUCUAAAUAAAAAAUUUCAAGUUUAUCAAUAAAGGAAACAAAUUUAUUUUUUUAAA